AUGGAUUAUCAGAGGAGGGUAUCGGGACAACAACGGAGGCGUGCAAGAGAACGUGCAGAAGACGAAACAAUAACCAAAGUCAAUGCAGAUGUAUGGGAUCAUCGCACAGGACAACCACAACAUGUAGAAAAUUGUCUUGAAAGAAGGCCAACAACAUUGAAUGAGUCACCAGUCCAGAGGCGCCGACGUAAUACAGAAAGUGAACAUCACGCAGAAGAUCAUCGUAGCAGAGAGAUCCAAUUGCAGCUUCCACAUGGUCCAAGGCAAAGGACGACAAAUAUAGGAAUACCAAUCGAAGCUACACAUGCUAAUCAUCAAUCAGUUGCAUAUUGCGAACGACAUGAAAAUUUGCAUAGUGACACAGCAGCGGAACAUCACCAGCGGUGUGUUGCUGCGGGAGCACCAACGACGCAAAAUAUAUAUCUAACAUCGCCAACAACAUCUCGAAGAUCAGCAGCCCAGAGGCGGCGCCGUGAGAAAGAAAAACAACUCAAAGAGAUGAGAGAACAAGAACGUCGUGAAAGAGAAGCACAAAAUGAAACGGAAGCAGAUGCAGAACGACGACGAAUACUGAAGGGAAAGGGAAAAGCUAAUCCUCAACUGAGACGGAUGCGAUCAAGUGGAAUACAAAUUAGAGAAAGGGAGGCUAUGCGCUCAAGUGGUAUACAAAUUAGAGAAAGGGAAGAUACACCAUAUGCACAUGAAGAUGCAGAGUCUGGCGAAGAGACGGCUAUAUUACAUAGGAGAAUUGGUGUCACAUCAACCGAUCAAAACAUUGAAAUGCCGUCUGUUGGAGAAGAUGAUGUUGUGUCAGAUGAUUACGAAAAUGAUGAAGUGGAUUACGACAGUGAUGAAUUAUGUGAUACAACUACAACUGAGAACCGGGGAGCUGCUCUUACUACUGAUGUGCGCCAUUUUCUGGGACAAAUGGAUGUCAAAUGUCAUCACUGCGGGGCGUUGCACUGGAUGGCAGAAAAACUCACAAAUUCGUCUUUAAUAAACCCGAAAUUUGGAACAUGUUGUCUCCAAGGAAAAGUUCGCCUACCGUUACUGCGUGAACCACCUAUAGCAUUCAGAGAAUUGUUUGACGGAACCAACGCCGAAUCAGUAUCUUUUCGGACAUAUAUUCGAGAGUAUAAUGCGGCAAAUCCAUUUACUAGCCUUGGAUGCAAACUAGAUACAAGAGCUUUGAAAGGGAGAGGUUUGAGACCUUUCUCAAUACAUGGGGAGUUGAGACAUUUAACCGGCGGUGUUUUACCAGCUCCGGGGACUGAGAGGAGGGAGGUUUACUCCCAACUGUACAUCUAUGAUCCAUCUUUUGCAUUGUUUGUCCGUGGUGAACGAAAUCCUGAGUUAAAUAUGAAUGUCCUACAGACAAUUCAGAAUACUAUGCUCCAAUUCAAUGUUUUUUAUACCAAGUAUCGUCAGGCUUAUGCAAUUUUGGACCAGAUGAGCCCGAUCGACCAGAAUAUCAGAGUUUCCCUUCAAUAUAACAAGUCAACCGAUAUUAGGCGUUAUAAUCUUCCGACAGCAGAUGAGAUUGCGGUUAUCGUUCCAGAAAUAACUUAUAAGGAGAUUGGGGUGCGAGAUAUUAUAUUGCAUUUGAGAGAAAACAACGGGUUGAAACAAAUUUCGGAGUGUCAUCCGGCGUACUUGCCUUUACAUUAUGUUUUACUAUUUCCUUUUGGUGAGCUGGGAUGGUCACCGACAAUGAGGCAGUGGGAUGCAGUCACCCAAACAUAUACGAAAACCAAAUUAUCUCAAAUGGAGUAUUACAGUUACCGCAUAUUUGAACACACCGAAGAAUAUUCCACCAUCUUAAGAGCCGGAAAAUUAUUUCAAGAGUUCUUAGUUGAUGCAUGGGCAGCGACAGAGUAG